AUGGCCAAUUCCAGGGAGAUCCUUGUCAAUAUGAUUCGGGAGAUUCAUGCCCAAGACGAAUCCAAGCACUUCCAGCAAGUUCUUCAGGAUAAGUAUAAGACACUGCACUCCUACAAGGAUUACCUGGAGAACAUCAAAGGUGAAGUCAUGGCCCAUGGCCAUGUGCUCCAGACGGCCAUUGUUGAUGUUCCAACCCCAAGCACGCAGAUUUCUGAGCAUUGGGUGGAUUGUUGGCAGCUGGGCUUUUCCGAUUCAGCUGGCUAUCGUGGCAAACCCAAGCAGGUCUCCAUUGUUGAGUUGGCCAUCAACUUUGUGGAGGACAGUUUUCAAAGUGUGCGACAGCCAUUGAGUGUGAGCUUUGACUCGUCCACUGGCCCUGUGGGUAUGUUCAGCAUCAAGCAUGUUGUUGGAUUCACACGGUCACUGGCUGCAAAGAUGGUGCUGGAGUUUUGGUCACAGCUCAAUGAGACUCAGCAGAAGGACUUGUCUCAUGUGUUUGCAUCCUGCCUCACGAUCAAAGUGACCUGGCAAGUUGCAGCCAAUGCAGAGUCAGAGUUCUUUGGCUCUGUGCGAGGCAAGUUUCAGCUGUCCGAGAGCACUAGGCCAGACGUGAUUCAACUGUAUCAUGGUUGGCAAGGCCUCUUUGCAAAGAUGGGAAUGGAGUUCAAUGCAUGCAUCUCUGACCAAAUCAAGAAGUUCAACCAAACAAGCUCAGUGGCUGGUUCUCGUGUGAGUGAUCUGGAGGCACAAAUCUUGAAGGUUUUGCCAUUCCAGCUCAAGUCAUUUGUGGACCUGUUGGAAUCUCAUUGGGAUCGGUUCAAAAGCCCUGAAUCUGCUGUCACGCUGAAAAGCUUGUGUGAAAAGGUUGAUCGCAAGGCACCACCUACAGAGAAUGCAGCCUGGGGCUCCAUUCUGAAGGCGACGCCCGAGAAGAAUUUCAUUUGGCUCCAGCGGCAGAUUGAGAUCUUUAACCAGAAUCAGCGCCAGAUGGCUGGAAACACAAAGAAGAAAGGAUCUCUGGCCUUUCGGGCAGCAGACUUCCAGAAGACCUUGAGCGUUGCAGACUUUGAUAAAGCCAAAUCCUGCUUCUUGAAGGGUAUUUGGGACAAAGAGUUCGUUGAGAAGGUGAAAACGCAAUCAGAUGAGAUCUCCAUGGAGUCAUUUCGCUGGCUCCAGCAAUUCAUUGGAGUGCACAGCACAGUCUUGAGUGUUGAGGAGAGAUCAGUGCAAGCUGAACUUGAGCUGGAAAAAGCAAAGUACAAGGCCAUGUGUCUCAAGCUUGAGGGUGAGCAGGGAAAAUUUCAGAGCUUUGUUCGACAGCUUUCAGAUUGGAAGGCAUCCCAUGCAGCAAGCAGGAGGACGCACUUGCUUGGUGAGAAGGCGAAGUUUGAAGAGGCUUGCCAGACUAUGCAGUCAGCUUCCCUCCCAGUGAGUGUGCUGGAAAGUGGCUUUGUAGUGACACAGUCCUUGAAGUCCUAUGAAGAGUUCUCCCAGCCACGUGCAUACCACGUUCUGCUGUGCGACUUGACGAAGCUGGGCACAGGAUGGUCCAAGCAUAUCAAUGACAUUGUCACCAAGGUCUCUGCAUGUGUGGCACCCAAUAAAGAUGCUUGCUGCCUCAUGAUUGCCCCCCAACAGGGCCCGGAGAGCCUUCAGCAACAUUCCACACGGGCAGCCACCCAUGAUGCUUGGAUGAUUUUGCCAAAUACGGAGUCCGAGUUCAGCAGCAGUGCUCUUUGGGUCCGUCGAGCUGCUCAAGAUUGUCAGGCAAGGCCAACAGGUGAGAUGACCAACCAGAGUGUUGGACACAUCACACUGAACUUGUCAAAGCCUCAGCGUAUGAAGCAGGCAAUGUCGGGUGCUGCCCUUUGGCAGAGCAUCUUCACAAAACUGCUGAGCGGCAUGAAAACUACAAUCCCAGUCUUCAUCACUGACCUGCUCCCCUAUGACAGCUCUGUGGUGGAAGCAAUGCUGCUUCGAAAAGCCCAAUCAAAACAGAACUUCAAGGUUUUGAGCAUCAUCUGGGCAACUGAGAGCACCAAAGAUGCUCAAGCUGUGGCAGAGAAGAGACAAAUCUACAAAUUCUUGGUCCCCCUGUUCUGGCGUCAGAUUGGCAAGAUGCAUGAGAGCAAGGUUCUUGCGCUGGAUGGCUUCAAGAAGGCUGAGCUCAAGCAAGAUAGCAUCAUGCCAAGCCUCAACGAAGGUGACUUUGAAAUGACAUGCCCAAUGCCAUCCGGUGAUAGCUUCUUGCUGCCUUUCAGGCAGUCAUUCCUGGACACAGUGACAUUGACAAGGUUGGUUGAUGACUUUGCGAAGCUUCAAGCAGACCACAACAAUAAGUUCAACAACAAAGGCACCGAGACCUACAAGGCGAAGAAGAGAAAUAUUGAGACGCCAGAUGUGCAGCCUGUGCGAAUCGAGGCAUGCAGUGAUGUGGAUGGCAAGGCAAGAUCGAUUGCACAGCAGCAUGUGGCCCCCCUGGUCUUGGCCUAUGGUGAGUACCACACAGAUGGAAAGGAGCAUAAGAACAGCUUGAAGUUCCAGAUGAAUGACACAAAGUUUACCGGCUGGUUCAUGAAGGAUGAGGUGGAGGGAAAGAUGACCUUGGAGGAUUUCUUGAAGCAGAUGGAGAAUGACAAGGUUGUCAAACCCUUCAUUGCUGCUCAUGAGUUGGAGUAUGAUGGCACUGGGUCUGUUGCUGUGAAGGCUACGGAGGAAUGUGUCUUUGAAAUCAAGAAGCUGGCGGCCAAUAUGGAGGUGACCAGUCAAAAUGCUUUGAGUCAGCUCACGAGCAACAUCAA